AUGGCCGGAUCAAAAGACUCACAGCUUUCUCCCAUAGCAAAUUCCAGCCGACGCAACAUUGCGUGGCAUGAUGUCCUCGAGAUCUGCAAGAAAGGCUUCGCCAACAAAAUGAGCAGCAUGAGCCAGGAGAUCCUGAGCGAAGUGCGGCUCGAAGUCGACCAGAGCGCCACUGCGCUUCGCAAGGAUGUGGCUGGCAUGUUGGAGCAAAGGGAGCGGACGGGCAACGAGAAGCUCGCCAAUCUUGAGGCCAAGAUGGAGACGGUAGUGGACUGGGCCAAAUGCGGUUACGUAGACUUCAGCAAGUUCGAUUUCACGCCAGUUCUGGAUGAGAUUCGCAGCAGCGAAACGCUGCACACAGAAAGUACUCGCGCAAUCUCGCAGCGGCUGGAUGAGAGCUUCGUGCUCAUCAGCAGCACCCUGGAAAAGCUGUCCAGUCAAGCAGAGGAAAAGGACACCAAAGUUGAGAAGCUCAGGGAAAGAGUCCAGGCUUCUGAAGAGUUGCUGCAACAGGUUUCAGAGACCCUGCAGUCCAGCUCCAGGGAUCUCUCCGAGAAAGUUGGGCAGUUCCAGGAGCAGACUGGAACUCGAAACAAGGAGCUGGCUUCAAAGCUGGGCUUCGUGGCCGACCGCUUGCACCACCCGCUGCGGAUUGAUGACAAGGAGCUCCGGGAGCAGGUGCAGAAGUUAGCCGAGGCACAAGCCGCGGACACCAACACCAUGCUGGGCGAGAUUGGAAAAAUCCAGCAGGCAAUGAAUCUGGAUUUUGUGAAGACAGUGCAGGGCAGUGGUGGCGAAGAAUGGUCGGCAUCGCUUCCUGCAGUCGCGGUGGCGAUGGAGGCAACCAUACACUCCAUGCCGCCGGAUAUGCUGAAGCUUGCCUCAAUGGUUGGUGAGGAGCGAAGUGUUGAAGAUCAGACCGAGUGGAGAAUGUUGAUGUGCACAACUGGUAAGGAAGUCCGGGGCACGCUGGAAAACAAAAAGAAGAACACGCUGAAGCCCAGCAAGACAGCUUCGGGCUUCACGGAUGCAGAUGCCCUGAAGAAAAAAGCCAGGCAAGCGUUGAUGAAGCCGCCGUACAAUGUGAUGGAUUUCUAUCAUGAGACCGGCUUCUUCCAGAGGAUUGCGCGGAGCACUGCCUUCGACUGGCUCAGUCUCUUCAUGGUUCUGCUGAAUGCGGGUUGGAUUGCCGUGGAUGCAGACCUCAACAGUGCGGCAGUGAUCACCAACGCCAGCCCUCCUUUCAUUCUGGUUGAGAACCUCUUUUGCACCUACUUCUUUGGCGAGGUGUUCAUUCGCUUCAUGGCAUUUGCCGAGAAGAAGAGGUGCCUUCGUGACAGCUGGUUCGUGUUUGAUUCGAUGUUGGUGUUCACCAUGGUCGUAGAGACCUGGAUCAUGCCGAUCAUCGUGCUGGGCUUCAACCUUGAUUUGGCCAAUGCUCUGGACCUCUCUACUCUGCGGAUGUUCCGCAUGGUGAAGCUGCUCCGGCUUUCACGCAUGGCCAAACUGCUCCGUGCAGUGCCUGAGCUCACGAUCAUUAUGAAGGGCAUCAUCCUGGCCACCAGGUCCGUUGUGGUGUUCUUUGCGCUUUGGAUGAUGAUCAUCUACGUCUUUGCUCUGGUGCUGCGGCAGCUGACCGAGGGCCAGACAGUGGGAAUGCAGUAUUUCUCCAACGUGCCGCAGUCUGUCAACAACUUGCUCCUGUACGGCAUCCUGCCAGACCAGCGAGAGAUCGUCACCACCCUGGGAGAUGCUGGGGCUUGGAUGUGGCCAUUGAUUCUCUGCUUCUUCCUGCUCUGCUCCAUCACGAUCAUGUACAUGCUGGUGGGAGUCUUGGUCGAUGUUAUCCGCGUCAUCUCCACCACUGAGAAAGAAGGCCUCACAGUUGCCUACCUUGCAAGUGAGAUCCGAGACAAGAUGGAGAGUCUCAACUACAACCCUGAAGAGCCCCUCACUCAGUUUGAGUUCCAGAAGCUGCUGCUGGAGCCGGAGAUUGCCGUGAUCUUGUCAGGAGAAGGCGUGGAUGUCAUUGCUUUGGUCGACAGCCUCGACAUGAUCUAUGAGGACCUUGCCAAGAAUGGCAAGGAUGGGCUUGAUUUUGCUGCCGCUCUGGACCUGCUGCUCAAUAUGAGAGGAGGCAACGCUGCCACGGUGAAGGAUGUGAAGGAGCAGCUCCGCCUCACCAAGUCCCUGGUGAAGUCAACGCAGUGGACACUUAUGGAAAAGAUGACUUCUGAGUUUGCCAAUGUCCUUGCGCAGCUGAAAGAGUUGCGCGAAGAGGCGCUUCAAAGAGAUGGUCGGGAAGCGGACGAGGAUGUGGAGUACGAGGAGGCGUCGACACUUUGCUGGUGUGACUGGGUGGUCAGCUUGGCUCAAGACUGUUUCGAUGGGCAAGCGGCGGUAGAGGAACCGCAAUGGCGGAUACCAGUUUGCUUGCUGGGUGAAGCCGUCAUUGCAGGCCGGGUGUCCGGCAGCGGUGUGCUCAAGGCAUUUGCGAAGUCCAUGCCUCGAAGGAGUGAACCGAUACUUCGCCAAGGCAACGGCCCCAAGCUCCCAACCAUUUCAGACAGAGAAACCUCUUGGUUCGAUGCCUCUGGCUGGCACCACGUUUCUUUCCCAACUCCCUAUGCUCGGGAUGUGCGGACAAGGCACAAGGUGCUCCCGCGGCUUCUAGCAAAGCUAGUGGGGCCCCUGGCAUGGGAUGAGGCGCCCUCAACGCCCCGCGCCCUGCGAGAGGCUCUGCCAGACUUCAGCGAGCGCCUGAGCAAGCCAAAGCCAAGCCAGCAAAGCAAGCAGAGAGCAGCAAGCGACGUCAGGGACGGCAGGGAUGGCAGGUGGAGUGCGUGCUCCACCCAGAUCCUGUCUGCGCAGGCGCUGGCAACGGUCCGCUUUGAGAGGCGUCCAACGAUGCCUCCCAGCACGCAGAAGCCAAGCACGGCUCCUGCUCGUCUCCUUUCCAUGGAGCGGCUAGCAGCCCUAGCAGAGCCAAAACGGCGCAGAAGCAAGUUUGAGCGCACCAACAGCUUUGUGAAAGAGCCUGCGGCUCCCGCAACCUCGAUGAAGAGGCCGAAGCCCAGGCAGACCUCACCACAACGUCAAGACUCGUCCCUGCCAGAGAGGUCGCUGAGUCACGAAAACAAGCAUGCCAAAGGCAAACCUUCUGUGCCAGCAAAGAACGAGAAGUCAGGAAAGGGUAGCGACGGGCGAGCCAAGGAAGCCUGUCCAAACCUCACCAAAGACCAACAUCAGCUUGAGGCCCAGACUCAUGCCCAUGGGAACAGCGUGACCUUCAGCAAGACU